AUGUCAGCCGCCAAGGCAUUGGUUGUCGAGGCUGUCAAGCGUCACACCUCCACAGUAAUCGUCGCCCAUGGCCUAGGAGAUUCGUACUCUCUUGCUGAAGAGUUUCGUCGGAAGUCUCUGUUUCCGGAGACCAAGUUCGUCUUUCCCAAUGCACCUAAUAUCCCAAUCACAGUCAAUGGAGGCAUGGCGAUGCCGGGCUGGUACGACAUCGCAGACUUUGGCGACUUAGCCAACCGUAAUGAGGACGAAGCUGGAAUUCUGCGCAGUCAAAAAGUGUUCCACACCUUGAUUGAAGAUGAGAUCAAGGCAGGCAUACCAACCGAACGAAUCGUUCUAGGUGGUUUCAGUCAAGGAGGUGCUAUGAGUCUGAUGGCUGGCAUCACCAGUCCUACCAAGCUUGGCGGCAUCUUCGGCCUGAGCUGCUAUUUACUGCUGCAAGGCAAGGUCAGAGAAUUGGUGCCCAAGGACUCUCCUAACCAGCAGACCCCAAUCUUUAUGGGACAUGGUGAUGCAGACCCAGUCGUAAGGUAUGCCUGGGGAAAGGCGACGGCAGACAAGCUCAAGGAGUGGGGCUGGAACGUGGACUUCAGGACGUACAAGAAUUUGCCACACAGCGCUGCACCACAGGAGAUUGAGGAUUUGGCGCAGUAUUUGCAGAAGCAGAUUCCAGACCUAGGAGACAAGGCCGCAGGUGGAAGCCUGUGA